UGACAGCUGUCAGGGCCGACGGGCGGCGCGUGGCGGGGAAGAUGCCUAAAAAGAAGCGGGAGAGGGGGAGCGUGGCUCAGGAGAUCGACGGGCUGGAAGAGAAGCUGUCGCUGUGUCAGAGGGAGCUGGAGGAGCUGGACGGCAGGCUGGGGAGGGAGGAGCUGAGCCCCCAGGACAGGAGGUCCCUUGAGAAGCAGAAGAAAGGUCUGGAGACCAAAGCCUCCAACUACGAGCGGGAGCUCCAGGUCCUGCGGCGAGAGAACCGCCGGAACACGCUGCUCUCGGUGGCCAUCUUCCUGCUCCUGGUCCUCGCCUACACCUGCUGGACCGUGUGACGCCGCUCCCCCGUCCCCCCUCCCGAAAGGGACCGACUCCGCUGGCCCCGGCUCUCCGCCGCAGGGUCUCGCGCGGAGGGGAGGGACCGAGGACCGGCCGCCCCCCGCCCCCGGCGCUUAAUCCCGGCUCCGCCGCCCGUCCGCCGCGUGACCCCGAGCGGAUCGCUUGGCUUCUCUGUACCUCAGUGACCUCUCCUCCGCGAAACGGGGGUUCAGACUACGAGCCCCUCACGGGGCGGGGACCGCGUCCGACCCCAUUUGCGCGCGUUCGCCCCAGCGCUCGGCCCCGCGCCUGGCACGCAGUAAGCGCUCGACAGACACCACGCUCGUUACCCGACGUCGGCCCUCCGCGGGGCGGCCGGGCCGGCCGGACCCAUCGCCGCCCGCCCGCGGGGUCCGCUGAGGCCAACCCGGGCCGCUCCGCGAUCCCGCCCGCCCCGGGGGCUGCCGGGCGGCCACGGGGCGGAGUCCUGGUCCGGGCCCCGUCGUCUUUGGCGGGGGGAAGACCGCCAAUAAAAGGAUCUCGGGCCGAC